AUGAAGACCAUGGAAAUCAAUGACGGAAAAUGGGUCAUAGCUGUGACCACAGACAACCCCACUGUUACACAGGCUUUCCGCCGAAAAUUCCAGGAAUCUUACUUUUGGGUUCUCACAUUCCUGUGUUUCCUCCAUAGCUUGAACACCCUCAUUGGCAAGAUAUGCUCAUUCCCGCUGAUGAAGCAAAUUGUAUCAAAGUCGAUGCACAUUGUGAACUCCUUCAAUUCAUCUCACUACUGGGGUGGGCAACUGAAUGGCGAGGCGAAGAAGCAGGGUAUCAACCGGAAGAUGAAACAAAACUGUGAGAGUCGAUUUUAUGCACUUGUGUUACAAAGCAUGAGUGUCCUUGCCUACCGAACAAACAAUCAGACACCAGUUGCCCUGGUGGUUGUUGCAACAGUACUCCACGAUGUUUGGUACUGGAAACUGCUCAACCAGCUCAUGAAGACAGUUAAGUUCCUGAUGUCACAGCUAACACUCGAUGCUGAGGACAACAAUACUGGCUUCUGGAUGCAUGCAAAAUCAGUUUUCAACCAUCGGUUCCAUGCAAUAAACACUGACCUACAUUCUCUUGCGCUCUUCCUCCAUCCAAUAUGUCGCAAACUUACUGUGACAGAUGCCUCCAAAGGAAGACCAUUCAAGUUCAUGGUCAAAACUGCACUUGCUGUCGCUAAACAAUGGCGAUGGGGAGAACAAAAGGCCAAACUGCUCGUUGAUGACCUCAAAGCAUAUAACCUGUGCUGCGCACCAUUUUCAGGUGGACAAGCUGAUGGAUUGGCAUGGUGGGAAAGCCUCACAGUCUGUGGCAACAGACAUCCUUUGAAGGCAUUAGCAAUCACCCUCUUAUCUAUUGUUCCCCAUGCUGCCGAUGUCAAACACCUCUUUUUGGAUAUGGGUAGCACUCAGUCUCCAAAGCGCUGCAAUCUCACAGUAGACACAUUUGAAGCACUGGCAAAAAUUCAAGCCAAUCUUCAUUACCACAGUCACCAGAAGGCCCUGGCUAAUGGCAGGCCAAUUUGUCGACGUCAUGCACACAUGCACACCAGUGCCCAGCCAGGCAUUAACAUUGAUGUAGCUGCUGAUCUAGAAGCUAAUUUUGCAUGGGCACCACCACUCGCACCUCAGACUCAGAACAUUGAUGACGAUCUUGCAGGUCCUGAAUCCAUAUCACUUGACGAGAUAAAAACAGCAUUUGCACUAUUGGAACACAAGAAAGAAGUCAUGGAACGAGUGCUGGAAGAUGGAAACGAACACCUGCUCCUGGCAGUAUUAUGGAUAACUAAGUCUCAUUAG